AUGGCGAACUUGUCCGCCUAUCGUGUUUACGCCAGCACUGUUAGCUCCGUUGAAAAUCUCCCAUAUGCGAGCCUCGACAAAGAAAUGCAUAUCGUUCUGGCCUUCGCCAGAGAUUACGAUAUUUAUCGGCGUUACGCGACAGGAAAAUUUGAGGCGUAUUUUGAUAAAAGUAAGUUCGAUGCCCAGACUAUCAAAGCCAUCAAAAGGAAGUCGACUUCCACCUCCAUCAAGUUCUUCUUGAGCAUCGGAGGGCGUGACCCCGAAUUCCCAUUUGCUGUGACCUCUUCUGACGAAUCCACGUGGAUCAAAAAUGCCACCGACACUCUCAAAAACAUCGUCCAGACUUUCGGUUUUGAUGGCAUCGACGUUUACUACGAACACAUCAAACCUGAUGCGGCAAAUCAGUUUCCCAAGGCAAUAAAGAAGGUCAUAUGGGAUCUAAAGAACGUGGAAAAAGUCAUCACCAAGGCUUCCAUCACUGUGUCAGCUCCUCUCACUAAUAACUAUGACGACCUGUACAAGGAAAACGAAGCAGUUUUUGACUUUGUGGUCUACCAGACCCACUCUGAGCCUAGUCGUUUUUCCAAUUUUAAAGAGCUCGAACCCAUCUUCGACAGACUAACUUAUCCCAAAGAGAAGAUCUUUGCUGGCCACAGUGAUGUCCUGCCAUCGGACUGGGCUAACGUCCCACUGCCCAUCUUCCUUGGUGCUGUUCCUCAGCUCCUCAACAAAGGAAUAUUUGGGAUUUCCAAGUGGAUUGUGACCCCUAAUGAUCACAACCCUGAGAGCAAGUGA